UGCUGGGGAGAUGAAGAUAGUGUGUAGCUGCUUCUGGACUCAAGGAGGAGGAGAGAGAUUCCGCGAGCCGACACCAUGCGAUCCAAGGCGAGGGCGAGGAAGCUAGCCAAAAGUGACGGCGACAUUGUAAAUAACAUGUACGGGCAGGACCCCGACCUGCUGGCUGGUGAGAGCGCCGAGGACGAGACCGAGGACAGCAUCAUGUCCCCCAUCCCCAUGGGGCCGCCGUCCCCUUUCCCCACCAGCGAGGACUUCACCCCCAAGGAAGGCUCGCCCUACGAGGCCCCCGUCUACAUUCCUGAGGACAUCCCCAUCCCACCAGACUUCGAGCUCCGUGAGUCCUCCAUCCCCGGGGCCGGCCUGGGGAUCUGGGCCAAGAAGAAGAUGGAGGUCGGGGAGCGGUUUGGCCCGUACAUGGUGGCGCCCCGGGCCGCGCUGAAGGAGGUGGACUUCGGCUGGGAGCAAAUGCUGACGGACGCAGAGGUGUCGUCCCAGGAGGGCUGCAUCCAAAAGAUCUCCGAAGACCUGGGCAGUGGGAAGUUCUGCAUGGACGCUACUCAGGCCGGGGCCGGCAGCUGGCUCAAGUACAUCCGCGUGGCAUGCUCCUGUGACGACCAGAACCUCACCAUGUGUCAGAUCAACGAGCAGAUUUAUUAUAAAGUCAUUAAAGACAUUGAGCCAGGAGAAGAGCUGCUGGUCCACGUGAAAGAAGGCUCGUACUCCCUGGGGACGGUGCCCCCCAGCCUGGAUGAGGACCCCACGUUCCGCUGCGACGCGUGUGAUGAACUCUUCCCGUCCAAGCUGGACCUGCGGCGCCACAAGAAGUACGCGUGCAGCUCGGUGGGGGCCGUGCUCUACGAGGGCCUGGCCGACGAGCUCAAGCCCGAGGGCCUGGGCGGCGGGGGCAGCGACGGGCAGGCCCACGAGUGCAAGGACUGCGAGCGGAUGUUCCCCACCAAGUACAGCUUGGAGCAGCACAUGAUCGUCCACACAGAGGAGCGAGAGUACAAGUGUGACCAGUGUCCCAAGGCCUUCAACUGGAAGUCCAACCUCAUCCGCCACCAGAUGUCCCACGACAGCGGCAAGCGCUUCGAAUGUGAAAACUGUGUGAAGGUGUUCACGGACCCCAGCAACCUGCAGCGGCACAUCCGCUCCCAGCACGUGGGCGCCCGGGCCCACGCCUGCCCCGACUGCGGGAAGACGUUCGCCACGUCCUCGGGCCUCAAGCAGCACAAACACAUCCACAGCACCGUCAAACCUUUCAUAUGUGAGGUCUGCCACAAGUCCUACACGCAGUUCUCCAACCUGUGCCGCCACAAGCGCAUGCACGCCGACUGCCGCACGCAGAUCAAGUGCAAGGACUGUGGGCAGAUGUUUAGCACGACCUCUUCCCUCAACAAGCACCGGCGCUUCUGCGAGGGCAGGAACCACUACCCGCCGGGCGGCGUCUUCGCCCCGGGCCUGCCCCUGACCCCCAGCCCCGUGACGGACAAGGCCAGGCCAGCCCCCAGCCUCAACCACGCCGGCCUGGGCUUCAACGAGUACUUCCCCUCCAGGCCGCACCCGGGGAGUCUGCCCUUCUCGACGGCACCCCCCGCCUUCCCCGCGCUCACGCCCGGCUUCCCGGGCGUCUUCCCUCCGUCCCUGUACCCCCGGCCGCCCCUGCUACCUCCCAUGCCGCUGCUCAAGAGCCCCCGGAACCACACGCAGGACGCCAAGCUCCCCAGCCCCAUGGGCAACCCGGCCCUGCCCCUCGUCUCCGCCAUCGGCAGCAGCGGGCAGGGUGCCACGGCGGCCGCGGGGCCCGAGGAGAAGCCGGAGAGCUGCCUGGAGGACGCGUACGCCCACAAGCUCAAGCCCCGGGGCAGCGACCUGUCCGACGGCAGUGACUUCGAGGAUAUCAACACCACAACCGGGACCGACCUGGACACAACCACGGGCACGGGCUCCGACCUGGACAGCGACGUGGACAGUGAUCGCGACAAGACCAAGGACAGGGGCAAGGCGGCCGAGGGCAAGCCCGAGCUCGGGGGCGGCGUGGCUGCCCCUGGCGCCCCGAAUAGCGUGGGCGAGGUGCCCGUCUUCUACUCCCAGCACUACUUCCCGCCGCCCGAGGAGCAGCUGCUGACAGCGUCGGGCGCCGCGGGCGACUCCAUCAAGGCCAUCGCGUCCAUCGCCGAGAAGUACUUUGGGCCCGGCUUCAUGGGCAUGCAGGAGAAGACGCUGGGCACGCUGCCCUACCACUCCGUGUUCCCCUUUCAGCUCCUGCCCAACUUCCCCCACUCCCUGUACCCCUUCACAGACCGCGCCCUCGCGCACAGCCUGCUGGUCAAGGCCGAGCCAAAGUCGCCCCGGGACGCCCUCAAGGCCGGUGGCCCCAGCGCCGAGUCACCCUUCGACCUCACCACCAAACCCAAAGAGGCCAAGCCCGUCCUGCCGGCGCCCAAGGCGCCCCCGGCCCCGGCGUCCGGCGAGGAGCAGCCGCUGGACCUGAGCAUCGGCAGCCGCGUGCGGGCCAGCCAGAACGGAGGGACCCGGGAGCCCCGCAAGAACCACGUGUACGGCGAGCGCAGGCUGGGGGCCGGCGAGGGGCCGCCCAAGGCGUGCCCGGCGCAGCUGCCCCAGCAGCCGUCCCUGCACUACGCCAGGCCGUCGCCCUUCUUCAUGGACCCCAUCUACAGCAGGGUGGAGAAGCGGAAGGUGACCGACCCGGUGGGAGCCCUUAAGGAGAAGUACCUGCGGCCGUCCCCACUGCUCUUCCACCCCCAGAUGUCAGCCAUCGAGACCAUGACUGAGAAGCUGGAGAGCUUCGCGGCCAUGAAGGCGGAAUCCGGCAGCUCCCUGCAGCCCCUCCCCCCCCACCCCUUCAACUUCCGGUCCCCGCCCCCGACGCUCUCGGACCCCAUCCUCAGGAAGGGCAAGGAGCGCUACACGUGCAGGUACUGUGGCAAGAUCUUCCCCCGAUCAGCAAACCUCACAAGACACCUGAGGACACACACCGGGGAGCAGCCGUACAGGUGUAAGUACUGCGACCGGUCCUUCAGCAUCUCCUCCAACCUCCAGCGGCACGUCCGGAACAUCCACAACAAGGAGAAGCCCUUCAAGUGCCACCUGUGCAACCGCUGCUUUGGGCAGCAGACCAACCUGGACAGACACCUGAAGAAGCACGAGCACGAGCACGCACCAGUGAGCCAGCAUUCGGGGGUCCUCACGAACCACCUGGGGACCAGCACCUCCUCCCCCGCCUCCGAGUCGGACCACCACGCACUUUUAGAUGAGAAGGAAGACUCCUAUUUCUCAGAAAUCAGAAACUUUAUUGCCAACAGCGAGAUGAACCAAGCAACGACGCGAACAGACAAACGGCCGGAAGUCCAGGACCUGGACGGUGCUCCCCAGUGCCCGGGCCUGGCCGGCGGGAAGCCAGAGGACGCAGAAGAGGAGGAAGAGGACGAGCUGGAGGAGGACGACGACAGCCUGGCGGGGAAGUCCCAGGACGACACCGUGUCCCCCACGCCGGAACCCCAGGGCGCCUACGAGGACGAGGAGGACGGGCCCGCCUCCCUGGCCAUGGGCUUCGACCACACCCGAAGGUGUGUUGAGGAGCGACCAGGCGGUCUGUUGGCUUUGGAGCCGAUGCCGACUUUUGGGAAGGGGCUGGAUCUCCGCAGAGCAGCUGAGGAAGCAUUGGAAGUUAAAGAUGUGCUUAAUUCCACCUUAGAUUCUGAGACUUUAAAACAGACCCUGUACAGGCAGGCUAAGAACCAGGCGUACGCAAUGAUGCUGUCCCUUUCCGAGGACGCUCCUCUCCACACCUCCUCCCAGAGUCCUCUGGAUGCUUGGUUGAACGUCACGGGGGCCACGCCAGAGUCCGGAGCCUUCAAUCCCAUCAACCACCUCUGA